UGGGGAAAGAUGCAAUUUGGACUGAAGUCGGCUUUAAUUCUGAUGAUGACUAUUCUGAAUGUAAGGGGAAACAGUAUGUCAAGAGGACUUGGUACAAGAAGUUUGUGGGUGUACAGUUGUGUAACUCCCUUCGAUAUAAAAUUUACCUCAGUGAUUCACUUAAAGGCAAAUUUUAUAAUAUAGGAGAUCAGAGAGGACAUGGAGAAGAUCAUUGUCAAUUUGUGGAUUCAUAUUUAGAUGGAAAGACAGGGCAAAUGCUUCCAUCAGAUCAACUGCCUUCCAAAGAUGGUUAUUUUAGAGCUGUUCGUCAGGAACCUGUCCACUUUGGAAAAAUAGGAGCUGGAACACACAAUACUUACGUUCAUUGGUAUGAGUGUGGAACUACAAUACCUGGAAAAUGGUAGAAAAUGGUAGAAAAUGGUAGCAGUUAUAUUGCAGAAAGAAAUAUCAUAAAUGGAUGUCUUGGGAAGCUGGCUCCCUAAUAGUAUCUUAUAUUAUCUACUUAUUGUAAAAGGUGUAGUUUAUUUUUUACUAUUGUUGUGAUAUUUUGAGGCACCUUUACUGAAAAGCGGAUAAGAAAAAGUAUCUUCUGAAUUUGUAUUAAUGUAUAUUGCCAAUGGUCACAUUCUACUUCUUUUCAAACAUACUUAAAUUAUUCUCUGUUAAUUCCUGGAUAUUUUUGCCACUUUAUAAAAAAUCCAAUCCAAUUGAAAAGUUGCAGAUUUUAUUCAAGCUUUAGAUAAAAUUGACACUCUGAUUUCAGAUUUCAAUUAAAAUAUUAUUCAGGAAAAAAGAAUCAUGUUAAUUGAACCAAUACCAAUAACCUUCUACUAACAUAAAUGUCUUUCAUUGUGCAAGAGCUCCUCAAGGCAAGGGAGAUUUCAUUUCAAUGAUAUAAACUUUUAUUCUGCACUCCCAAUAUACAUUGGAUUAUAGCAACAACAUUUAUAAAAUGGCAUUAAAAUUGGUUGUAUGUCAGAAAGUUCCUGAUUUUGAUAGCAUUUAUUAGUAUAUAUAUAUAUACUGAAAUGGAUGCUCUAUUUUUGUCUCCCACCAGAAACUGAAUUAGUUCAUGGUAAAUACACACACAUAUAGUGGUGGGAUUCAGCCAGUUCACACCACUUUGGGAGAACUGGUUAUUAACUUU